AAAAACCAGAACCGAGGAGAGAGAAGGCGAAGGCUUCCACGAAAACAGCAUUAGCGAAGACGGUGGUUAAAAAGGUAGGGAUUUCGUAAUGCGCAAGCGGAAACCUCUCAACCGCUGUCUGGAUGGCGUUCAGCCGGCCACAGCCAGAAAGGCGGCACCUGUAAGCCAAGAAAAAGCUACCCAGGAGCUGAAGGUAAACGGUGACGUUGCAGCCUCCAACGAAACCGCAGUUCCGGAGGAAGGGAGGAACUACUGGCUCCUGAAAGCCGAGCCUGACUCGCGGUUCGAGAAUGGCGUCGAUGUCAAGUUCUCGAUCGACGAUCUCGCGGCCAAGAAAGAGCCGGAGCCGUGGGACGGCAUUCGCGCCUACGCCGCUCGGAACAAUCUGCGGGCCAUGAAGAAGGGCGAGCUGGCCUUCUUCUACCACUCCAACUGCAAGGAGCCCGGCAUCGUGGGAACUAUGGAAAUUGUGCGAGAGCACUCGCCAGACUUAUCUGCACACGAUCCAAAGGCUCCUUACUACGACCCCAAGUCCAAGCCUGACGAUCCCAAGUGGAGUGUCGUGCAUGUCAAGUUCCGGAGCAAGUUCGCGGCCUCGAUUGGGCUCAAGGAACUGCGGGAGAUGGGAGGACCCGGAAAACCACUCGAAAACAUGCAAAUGCUCAAGCAGUCGCGACUGAGCGUCAGCAGGGUCAAUCCGGCCGAGUGGGAGUACCUGAUUGGCGUGGCAGAGGAGAGGGCUUCGGCGACAUGACUAGAGCACAUAGAUGGGAUGGGCGACGUGGAGGUAUUAU